GUUUGUUGAUCAACGUUAAGCAGUGGAUCGAAGUGGGGAGUCUUUGGCCCACUUUGACGCCCCCCCCACGAUUGCCCCCGGCUCAGACAUGCUAUAAGGGAGAGCACCACUACUGCUGUCACCGCUGCCACCACCGCCGCUGCCGCCACCAGCCGAGGCCAGUGCUUCCCUCGCCACCAUGGGAAGAGACACACAGAGCAACACAGCCUGGGGGGCAUGAGGAUUUGUGAAGCACGUCUCCCUUGUGCCCUGUCCCUGCUGUAUUGCCCCUGCCGCCCGCCAGCCAUGCAGCGGCAGAACAAUGGUUGACUGGGGCCUGGCAGGGAGAGGAGAGAUGCAUGUGCGCAGGAUGCAUGCAGCUGCCAGACACCCCAGCAGACUCCCGCCACCCGCUGCUUCUGCUACCACUGCCACCAUGCUGCAGGAGGAUGAGGUGGAGCUCAACGCCAUGGACUUUGUGGAGACAGAGUACAAGUCCGACGCGGGUGAGGGCGAGCCGGGCCGGCCGGGUGUCAAGCGGAAAAAGGUGCGCUCCAAGCCCCAGGGCUCCCAGGGGAGAGGAAACAGUGCCAGCAGACCCAUGGGGGAGGUGGAGCCACCAGGGGAGGAAGGGAAGGCGGCACACAAGAGGCGGAAGAGGAAACACACACAGCGUCCGAGGGAGCAGAGCAGCGGUGCGGCCAACAUGGGCCUGUACCCCUACGCUGCUUUCCUCAAGAAGCUCUGCGACAAGGUGGGCAGCUCGCACGGCUGCUCUGAGUCACUCCCCGCCAGGAUAUUCAACCAGCUCAGGCACACUGAGGUCCACUACCCUUAUGCCUCUCUGCUGCAGGCACUGCACCGCCAUGCCGGGGUGGGCCCCGGGGCUGCCAGCAGUCCGUCCACGGUGAGGGACCAGCCACCCAGCACACUGGAGGUGGCCAGGGUCAUGAGGAACCUCCGCUACCCCACCGGCCCCCCCAGAGGCAGCAGCAGGGAGGAUGGCGAGGACCCCGUGGCUCCUUUCAGUGCGGUGCUGAUGGCCAUGGUGAUGAAGGAGCAGCUGCACAGCCAGGCCCCGGGUGGCCCUGGCCUCAGCGUGGGCGGCAUUGGGGAAAUCCUGAGGAAGGAGAUGCCACACUCCCAGAAGGAUGACCCGCCCCCCUCUGAGCUGUCUUCCGCCUCCCUCCUGCAGAAGCUGUCUCUCUCAGCAGAGAGGGACCUGGAGGCAGCCCGAGGCAGCUCGACUAGAGGCAAGGCACAGCAGGCACCCACCUGGACCUCCACCGAGUCCUCUCAGAGUGAAGAGGAAGAUCUGGACUGGCGGCCGACACACUGGCUGGCCAAGAAGGUCUCCAAGGAUGCUGCUGCCCCAGUGAAGCGGAAAUCUAACCGUAGGAAGUCUUCCAGCUGUGACCUGGAGGUGGAGCAGCCCAAAACCUCCCAGGGGGACCUGGAUGCUCCCACCCAGGGGGAAGUUAGGGCCGGCCUACAGCAAUGCUCUGGGGCAGCACGGGCCAAGCUGCUGCAGUUCAUCAUGAGCCGGCAGCAGCAGACCCCAGACAAGAGGGGCAAGAGGGCUCGCAAGCGUGCCAAAGUCACCCGCAUCAACACCAAGGUUGCCAGGGUGAAGGGCAAGAGGAAACACAGCAGUGCUGCCGACGAGGCCUGCGACACCAUAUGGGUGGCCAAUGGUAUCCUUGAGGGCCAGACCACUGCCACAGAGGAGGAGGCCAACCACGCUGCAGCAGGGGAGCCCCAGAGUCUCCUGAAGGAGUAUCUCCUGAAGCCUGCAGGAGAAGAGGUGAUCCCAAGUGAGAACUGUGAUAUUCCAAAGCUGGAGUCAAACUUCCUGUUCAGUCGACUGCUGCAGAACUUCAAGAGUCUGGCCGAGUCCAACCAGGUGGAGGAACCCUCCAAGAAAUCCUCAGACUGCUCCCGUGGCCCCAGCAUUCUACGGGGCAUGCUGGCCGCCACCACACCCGCCCCAGAGCAGGAGCACAAGUUUUCCCCAAGUGACCACAACACGUCCUCAUCUUCCUCAGAACACCACCACCACCACCACCACCACCAGCACACCCAAAAGCAGAAGCAGCAGGCGGGCACCCCCCCUCCCCUUGGUGAGCCGCCCCUGAGGGUGAAGCUGGAGGAGGAGAUCAAGGUGGAGUGUGAGGAUGAGAUAGUGUGCAAGGUGGAGUGUGAGGAAGACAGCUUUGAGUGCCAGGUGUGCCACCUCCAGUUCUCCUCCCUCACCGACCUCUCCAACCACCAGGUGCUCUUCCAUUGCUCCGAGGAGCCCCAGGCCCCGGCCUCCCACCGCCUCCUGGGGUGCAGCGUAGAGGGCCUGGGCGGGGGGGUGAUGCAAGGGAAGCAGCCUGCCUGACCCACAACUAGUGCCAUGCUGCAGCGGCUCCCGGCACCCCUCCCGGCCACCCCAUGCUGCCCCACCACCCCUCAUGUACAAAUAUAUAUAAACACGACUAGGAUACACAACAAAGGGACUGCAAGAAUGUACGUGUGUCUGCGUAAGUGUGUGUACACUGUUGUGCUUGUGGAAGUUAGGAGGGGCAUGUGUGUUUGUGUGUGUGUGUGUUUGUGUACGUGGGUGAAUGGGGUUGAGUUUGACUUGUUCAUUGUUGAAGGGUGAAGACACCGUGGCGUAGAGGAGCAGAGUGUUGGCUGGCGCCAGGCUGAGCCGUGUAGUGAGAAGCCAGAGUCCGUCCAAGGCACACAGCGUGAGGCUGUCCAGCUGUUCUUUCAUGACAAGGCUGUUAUGCAGGAAGAGUGUGCAAUUAUUAGCAUCAUAAAUCACUUGUGAUAAUAAUGUGAAAGGAAUUGUUUUAGUACUACAGUGUCUUUUGUUCUUCUCUGGUGCCCUUGUUGAGUUGUGUGUGUGAGGGAGCGAGUGAGUGGUAUGCAUGAGGGAGGGAGGGGGUAUUGGGUGAGAGGAAGGUGUGUGUUCCUAAUGUGGUGGUCUGAAAUAUUUUGUUUUAAAAUUUUAUAAUUUUAAGAACUUAAAAGACACAUAAAUUUAUUAUACUGGUUUAUAAGAAGUAAACUGUAAGAAGCUCACACACACACUUGACUGAUGAAGUCAGUAUUGAUGAAAUACAGUACAUGUGCCUGCUAGCUCACACCUGCUGACUCACAGCGCUGCGCUGCUUGUCAACAGAAGCUUCCAAAUUUGAUAUCGCAUAGACAAUAUUUUCCUAACGCCGCCGUAACACAUCGUUGACGAGAGAGUGAAUGAAUGCAAGCAAAAAUUGUGUUUUGUCAUCAUGAGAUGGAACAUUUUCAUGGUGUUUUAUUGGUGAGCAUUGUUCCAUCGCAGCAACAGUGACGUCUGGCAGACCUGUCUGUGUUUUGGAUUUGUGCUGAAGACGACAAAUUUAUUGUAAUUAUGCCAAAGAAAAUUUAUUGGAUUGGACUGUGUAUUGUGGGUACAGUAGUGAUCUCAGGCAACACUGUAGACACCAGGGGGUGGGGGGUGGGGGCAUCCUGUGUCCCGGGCCCUGUGGUGCCAGCCUUCAAGUAGUGACUCACCAGGGCUGAGUCUCACUCGCAGCACUGUGUCUGUGUCUUAGCUGUGUCACAGGGAGGGAAACACUUGCUUCACUGCCACCACGACACACACUGGGGGCAGGAAAGUGUCUACUGAAUCAUGUUUAGGUCAAGUACAAACCGCUAAUUGUUUUGUGGACAGGUAAAGUGGAGUAAGGCACUUCAGCAGUCACACCUUGGCGUCACUGUCCUGGGCAAACCUUCACAAACAUUGGGGUGUGGGAGACAGAGCAGAGCAAGACUUAUGAAGAGUUUGCAGGUAUAGUUUGGUGUCAUGCCUGCGGUAUUGUGUGGCGUGGGUAGUGUGCUGACCUCUUUGUUAAUGCAGGUGUGUAGGGUUGCAGUAGUGGGCCGGGGAGCGGAGGGUGGGAAGGAACACACAACUUUCUUAGUCAUAGGAACAAUUAGGGAGACGUGCAAUUACUGAGGAAAUUUUUGUACCAUGCAUUAGCUACACUUGGAAAUUUUUAUUAUGUAGUGUAUGUGUCAGGAAUAAUGUAUAUAUUUGGCUGUAAUGUGUAUGUAUGUCUGUAUGUCUGCACGCCUCACUGUGGCCACACAUAGCCAGCCCACCAGUGACGUGUGAUGCAUUUCUUGUGUGUGUGUGUGUGUGUGUGUGUGUGUGUGUGUGUGUGUGUGUGUGUGUGUGUGUGUGUUCCUCAAGGUUAUGUAGUACUUGCCUUAGGAUGGAGAAAGCCAUAACUGAUUCAUAAGCUUUGUUGGGAUGUAGAUUCAUAGAUUUUUAAUAGAUAAUGUGUGUGUGUGUGUGUGUGUGUGUGUGUGUGUGUGUGUGUGUGUGUGUGUGUGUGUGUGUAUGUGUGUGUGGUUGACCUGUAAAUUAAUGUACAACUCCUAUCAUUUGCAAUUAUAUAAAAGACUUAUUUGUGCUAAAUAUUUUGUAAGUUCUUAAAGACGGUUUCCAGAAGUAAACACAUGAAAGAAAGAAAGAAAAAAAAAAACACAUUCUUAAAUAUCAGUGUAACCCUUUUUUUUAUAUACUGUUUCUUUGUUAAGUUUACGAUGUGUGUGUUUGUGUUGCAGCAGCCAGGCAGUGUUGAGAGAGUGUCUGAAGGAGUGUUCCAUUGCCUGCACCUCAACCAAGCACAACAAACUGAGGGAGAGGCAGUGGCUGUUUGUCUUUGUAUAUGUGUGUAUGUGUGUGUGUGAGAGGUGUUAGUCAGGUAACAUUAAAGUUAUUUUGUAUUACUUUUUUACUGUAUAUCCAUUGCAGGUUUUUAGUGACGGACAGGUGUGGUGGAUGUGUUACCUGUGUAUCUACCUGUCUUGUGUUUGGCUCACCUGUGUUCCUGUAUGAAGCAUUGAUGGACACCUGUUUUUAUUUCCACAUUCUCACUUUAUUUUAUCUUAUUACACUCCUUUUUUUUUCUGGUUACAUUUUUUAUCACUAAGUUAAGAAUUCCACUUUUAACUUUGCCUAAUCUGUGUUUUGUAUGAAGCGUUGAUGGACACGUGUUUUUAUUUUCACUUCCCUUUUAUUGUUGAGUAUUAUUACAAUUUCCUAGUUACAUUUUUUAUCACUAGCUUGAGAAUUCCACUCUUAAUUCACUGCUUCAUUCUCGAACUGAAGAAAUGUUUGUUUUUUGUACCUGGAAGUAUCUACAUAUAUAACUGAUAAUUAUGUUUUUAUUUUGAUAGUGCAUAGACAGAAAUUAUUGGUUAUCAUAGGUAGAAUGUCUGUCUGUACGUAUGUGUGCAUAUUAUGGAGAAUGGCUGAGCACCCUUUGUUAUGGUCUAUUCGACACUCAUUUGUUACACUUUGUUAUGAGCCUCUGCUGAAAUCACAUACCCUGAUAAUGUAGGAUUCCCCAAACAUAUUUUCCACUGAAUUAUGAUAUUGAAUUCCAUAAGUUACUCAGAUUGGAUUUGAUGUAUUUGUUUUGAUGUGUUUUGAUGCCAGAUAGAUUGUUGUAACUGCCAUUUUUCACCCCAGAGCUCGGCAUCCUAGGCUGGGUGUGCUGAGGGUCUAAGGGGAGGAGGCUUGGGUGGGCAGGAGUUGGCUUGGCAGGCUGAGUAGAGAGUUGAGGUCCGGACAUGUAGGAGGCAAGGCGCUGGUGUAGUCCGGUCUGGUCUGGUCUGGAUAGGAAGAGUGAAAACUAUGCAUUGGUAUAUGGAUUAAUUGACUGUAUUUGUAGUGCAUUUGACUGCUGCUCUCAUGUCAGACUCUCAUUAUUUUUAUUUCCUCACACAACUGUUUAUGUGUCAUGAAGGUACCUAUGUUUUUAUUUUUUUUACUGCAGUAUGUGUACUUUUGUUGUUAAUGAGUUGCCUCUCUUGUAGUGCAGCCUAUCCCCCCCCCAUCAGUAUAGGCUGCUCCCUUGGCCUGCCUCUGAUGCUGUAGGUGUGGUCAGCAGUUGUACAGUAACACAACUCAUUUCCACUAUGUUUUAGGUGUUCCUUAAUCAAAAAUCCUCUGAUCUCCUUAGAAUGUAUCAAUUGUCAUGUUUUUUUUUUUUAUUAUUAUUAUUUAUUUAUUUUUUGAAAAAUUUUUUUUUUAUACACUAUGAGCUUUCUGUGGAAAUUUAUUGGCUAAAGGAAACCUAUCUGAAAGCUUAGCUGUUUGGAAACCGUUACCUUGAGAAGAAGCCCUUCACUCUUGGACUGUGACUGGGAUUCGAACCCAUGCGCUUGGAGACCUCACAGCCCUUAAAGUUUGUGUCGUCCUACUGCAUCACGACGGCCCCAAGACUCAGGAGAUGAAAGGACUUUAUGAGUGAGGUACAAAUAUUACAGUGGAAGUGAGUGUGUGGUGUGUUGCUUCCUCAGUGUCAAGUCUUGUGAUCUGGGAAUGCAUCUGUUGUCAUGGUUUGUGAGACUAUCAGCAGAUCAAAGGACUUACUGAGGAGCAACACAACAAGGGAUGAGUGUGGCAUGUCAAAGCUUCUCACCACUACUUCACUGCCCCACACCUCACUGGCACUGGCUACCUGAGAUGUGGUCUUGAGCCUCAGUUUACUUAGCAAUCAUUCUUUCAUUCAUGACCUGACCAACUCCAGCCUCCCCAAAUGCUCCCCUAACAAAGCCUGAGAGAGUCAUGCUUCACCUCUGGCCUCGCAUGAUGACCCUGGCCAUCCCCUCUGGACGGUCCCAUUGCAGGUAUCCAGUGCUGGGUGCCAAGUGCUAGGCAGCCGGGCACCCAGCCAGGCCUUGAUGCAUAACAUAUCAGUGUUGGCAGGAAGCCGGGUCACUCUGGCAUCACAUGGUGGUGAGGCGUGCAAGGGACAGGUCUUGUAUACGACUGUACGCCCAGAGUCUCAAAUGUCUUGUUGCUUCAGCUUGACUAUUCUGAACAGCCUCGUGUGGAAGUUGCUGGGGUUUUCAGGAGUGUUUGCCUUGAGUCUGGUGAUGCUUUCAGAGGAAUUCUGUGUGAUGGUUAGGAGAAGCAGGCAUGAACACCUUUUGUAUGUUUGCUGUGGUGUUUGAAAGUCAUCCUGCAGUGAGCACCAAGCAUUUCAGAAGCUGGGCCAUGAGACCUCCACUCUCUGCCUCCCACUAUGGUCAGUGUGAGGCGAGAAAAUUGUGUUUUGUUUCCCUUGAGGUAUCCAGAUGACGGGACAGAUAUAUAUAUUACAUAUAUGUAUAUUUUUCCAUAGAUAUAUAUUUAAUAAUGCCUAUAACCUUCCUUGCUUUCCUCAGCAUUUAUGACAGUUCAAUUAUUGUAUGCUAAGGAGCAGGUUAUUACUUAGACAUAGAGAUACCAGAUAGAAGUUGAAAUGUUAACAUGUCCAGACACUGUAGAAAAAUAUAUAUACAUAUACUAUAUAUAAAAAAAAUAUUUAAUGUUGUUGGAAGCCUUUUGAGUUAUAUAAAAGUAUGAUUUUAA